UCUCAUUGUUAUGUCUUUGGUGCUAAGGUAUGUUUGCGGACCGCCAUAAUUCCACAGAAGAAGAAGGUGAAAAAUCAUCACGACGCCAUUUCAGAAGUCAUUCAUUGGCGGCUGAAUUCAUAGUUCAGGAAUAACAACAUUCUGAUUUGAAUAUGGUGAAAAUCUUCAUUGGCAAUCUUGCCUCCGGCACCACGCAGGAAGAGCUACGCACUCUCUUCUCCGAGUAUGGAAAGAUCUCUGAGUGUGAUAUUGUCAAGAACUUUGGCUUUGUGCACAUGAAGGACAAAGCCGAAGCAGAGGAGGCCAUCAAGAACCUCCACCACUAUGAGCUUAACGGGGCUCAGAUGAACGUAGAGAUGAGCCGCGGCAGACCAAAGUCAACCACCAAGCUGCAUGUCAGUAACAUCCCAGAGGGUUGCACCAAUGAGGAGCUGAAGACCAAGUUUGAGGCUUACGGCCCUGUGGUUGAGGCUGACAUAGUGAAGGACUACGCCUUUGUCCACAUGGAGUCUGUGGAUGAUGCCAUGGAGGCCAUCAGUGGGCUGGACAACACAGCCUUCCAAGGUCUGAUUUUGAAACCCGAUCUGGUUUUGCCUUGUGGGGGGCUGGAUAGAGAUGCCGUAGGUAGCAAACGCCGGCAGAGAGGAGCCAUUUCAGCCCUUCGGAAACUGGUGGCAUCAACCCAGUGAGUCCAUCGUGAAAGUGGGAUCAUCACCAUGGUGAAGAUCUUCAUUGGGAACUUGUCUCCAGACACCAUGGCAGAGGAGCUGCGCUCCCUCUUCUCCCAGUAUGGAAAGGUCUCUGAGUGUGACAUCGUCAAGAACUUUGGGUUUGUGCACAUGAAGGAUAAAGCUGAAGCGGAGGAGGCCAUCAAGAACCUCCACCACUAUGAGCUCAAUGGGGAGCAGAUGAAUGUGGAGAUGAGCCGCGGCAGACCCAAAGCCACCACCAAGCUGCACGUGGGCAAUAUCAACAGCAGCUGCACCAACCAAGAGAUGCGGGCCAAGUUUGAGGAGUACGGCCCUGUGGUGGAGUGUGACAUAGUGAAGGACUACGCCUUUGUCCACUUGGAGCGUAUGGAGGAUGCCAUGGAGGCCAUCAGUGGGCUGGACAACACAGCCUUCCAAGGUGAACUCACACAGGGCUUGGUUGGUCAGUUGCCGGUGUGGUGUAGGUAUCCCCCUGGUAAUUAGAAUGAGUUCUAUUCACUAACAAAACUGGUGGGUAACUCAUGGAUAAAUGUAAGUGGUGAAAGAGUAAGGGACAGUCAAGCACUGUCUCAAAAUACAUCCAACACGUCCACAUUUCCCCCAACUUCAGGCCAGCGUGUGGACUCUAGCUUUGCCUGCAUUAUUAUACCUUUAUUUCAACUGGGAACACAGACUGAGACCACGGUCUCUUUUACAGCUGGGCCCUACGUAUACAUGUUUACACAUACAGUUUAGGUACAAUGAUAAAAACAACUACACAAGGCAAACAAAAUGAUCACAGAUGAUACAAAAAUUACAAAUACAGCAACAGGUUUCAUUUACACAGGUUAUUCUACUAACAGCACAAGAACUUGCAUUACCCGAAACCGUUACAAGCAAUACAAAAAUAAAAAUGCUCCAAUAAAUAUGUUAAAUGAGUCUCACGUUUAAGUUUAGUCUGCAGCCUAUUCCAUAGGCAAGGAGCGUAACAGGAAAAGACAGCCAUACCCAACUCUGUGGAAAUCGCAUGGGACUCGAGUGUAAUCCAUGCUUGAGACCUGGUUUUAGGAUUUAUAAUUCAAAUAUUGAUGAGUGGUGAUAAAUAAGAAGGUAACUUAUUCAUAUGCCUAGAACGUGGAACAAUUGUCGGAGUUCACUUUCAGAGGAGUUCCAAGAUGAAUGUUAUGAGGGUGGUGUUCUAAUUCAUGUCUGGCUUUUAUCUGAUUCCUUAGAGCAUGUGCAUAGAUGGAACAGUUUGUUGUAUCGUGGUAAACUCUUGCGUUUUUCUUUUUUAAGGCAAACUGAUGAGCGUGAAGCUUUCGACUAGCCGCCUGCGUACUACGCCGGGGAUGGGAGAGAGGACAGGUUGUUAUCGGUGCGGGCAGGAAGGCCACUGGUCCAAAGAGUGCCCGCUCGACACUUCGGGCAACUACAGAGAGGGUGCCGAGCCAAGCUCUGACCCUAGGUUCGGCGGUGGCUGCGGUUAUCACCGGGGCUUGAAUGUCGGCGUUCCAGGUUACAGUGGCAGUGAUCCAGUUUACAGUGGAAGCUAUUCUCCCGCGCACAGCUUUGGCGGUGUGCCCGGGUAUGGCAGGGGCGCAGGCUAUGAAAGCACAUUGAGUUACGGGCUUCCGCCGGGUUUCGGAAUGAGCGCCGUCGAACAUAGCAUGGCACGGGUGUAUGCCAGUGAGGCAGCGUACGGAGGCAGCAGCUGGAGCCACGGCGUGGUCCCAGCCUACCCUGUGCGCCGGUCAUCGUAUGAGGACCGUGAUCCAUAUGGUGCCGUGGACUUCUACGAGAAGUACCGGGCUCGCCCGUAUGGAGCCAGUUAUUUCGAAGAGCGCCGGUCUGUUCCUUUGCCCAGCCCACCGUUCCCUUCCUCCUUGGCCAUAAUGAGGGAGCGCCUGCCUCCCUCUAGCCCCGACCUAUACGAGCGCUGUCCUCUCCCUUCUCCACCAGCCCCCCUCUCCUCAUCCUACUCCCGCGACCGGAGCCCAUUCCGGCGAAUACCUACCGAGGCGUACGAGCGCGCGCGCCUCUCCCCAGUGCCCUCCCUCCCCAGAAGAUCGGCUUACGACAUCCCGCGGGACCCCUACGCCGAGCGGGCGCGAUAUGCUUACUAACCUUUCUUCCUCCUGUCCAGGUGAGACCUGAUUUAGCUUUCAUAGGUUAGCGUGAUUAAGUUCCCAGGGAACUAGUAUUAAUGUAAACACUGGGUGUUUUGAUAGUUUAUUUCCUAGGUAACGUCCUAGAAAACGUCAGGUUUUCUGUCUUGACGUAGAUUGAUAAGACUGAUGCCCAUCAAGCUUGUUGAUCAAAUAGAAGAGAAUGCGUGCCGUAGAACUUAGAAUGCAUCUUGUGGGUGACCAUGUUACUAUUUGGUAUGCUCUUUUUUCAGGUAUCGCGACGGUCAACCCGAGCACGAGAUUAUCUUUGUUUCGACUCACGAUGCAUUUCGGUUAUGGCCCGCAAUCGUGGGACUGUGAAAGUGCAGACAUUUAGCUUCUCUGUUCGAUAUCUGUCUCGUGUGUCAACUGAUCGCUUAGUAACGUUUGUACUUCCCCACUAAAAGCAUAAUGGACAUAAAGUUUUUUUGUUUUUUUUACAAAAAUAAGUUGUUUUGAUUUGAAUGUGAGUCCUGCAGUUAUGCGAAAAGUAGCACCAGUUGAAUCAUCCAAUGCAGUUGACUCCAGGUAGCAGUUGUAUGCAUUGUGAUGAAUGCAAUCAUUUGCUAAUUAUGUUCUAAUUAAUUUUAAAACCAUCGAAAUACAUGUGUAUUAUUUACACUCAUUCACAAUACCUAUCUAAUUCUACUAUACACCUGAGGUAGGGGCCAAAUGACCAAAUCCCACAUUUUGGCUGAAUUGCACCAGUAUCAAAAAAUCAUUCGCUUCAAAUGUUACAGUAUUAUUCAAAUUAUGUGUGAAUUAAAUAUUACACUUUGAAUAGAUUCUUAGUUUUAGAGUUUUUUUUUUUUUUUACCCCCCCCUUUUCUCCCCAAUUUCAUGGUAUCCAAUUGUUAGUAACUAUAAUGUCUCAUCGCAACAACUCCCGUACGGGCUCAGGAGAAACACAACCCAACCAAGCCGCACUGCUUCUUAACACAGUGCCAUCCAGUCCAGAAGUCAGCCGCACCAAUGUGUCGGAGGAAACACCUGGCGACCUUGGUUAGCGUGCACUGCGCCCGGCCCGCUACAGGAGUCGCUGGUGCGCAGUGAGACAAGGAAAUCCCUACCAGCCAAACCCGGACGACGCUAGGCCAAUCGUGCGUUGCCACACGGACCUCCCGGUCGCGGCCGGCUGCGACAGCCUGGGCGCGAACCCAGAGUCUCUGGUGGCACAGUAACUGAGGAGCUGCGCCACCCGGGAGGCCCCAGUAUUAGAACAUUUCUAAACUGUUCUGUAGGCUUAUACGUCACCAUGGGACGGCCCCAUGAACCCAUUCCAUCUUGACAAAAUCAGUAUUUUAGAAGUGGAUUUGUCACCAUUUGUCCUGAAUGAUGAUAUGAGAAAUAUUUCUGUCCAUCUCUUUCUCAAUAAAGUCACUGUCUGAAAAGUUA